ACAUUACGGACAAGCUAUCGGACAUGAUCCAGACCUUCACGCAGGACCAGCACCAACACUACCGUGCACAGCUGCAGGCUAUCCAGGUCGACAUGACGAUGAUCCUGAGAGCGAAUCCUUACGAGAACAGACCUCUGGACGAUUCGGCCGAAGAUGUCGAGCAGGAGAUUGAGAAUGUCACUGGCGGCAGCUUGCCAAACACGGACGCUGCUGUCAAGGACUACCUCGCUCUGGCCGGCAAGCGCUACCACGAAUACGUCCAGCAGAUCAACCACGCCCUGGAGCAACGCGACGCUGAUCUGACUGCUCUACAAAACCGGUACGAUGCAGCCGUGGCCGAGUUAGAAAAGAGCUCGAGUUACAAAGUCCAGGUUGCACAGCGCGAGCACCUGGAACUGGCGACAACGGUGCGAAGCCGUCUGAUCAACAGUGUCACCAAGAAGCGCGACAAGCUGCUGCGCGAAAAGGAGCAGCUCGACAUUGCAGACAACUCGGCCCUGUUCUUCCAUCCCAGCCAGUUCACUGUCAACAUCCCCCAGAGCCCCGGCGGUAUCCAGAGCAACCGUAAGACGCGCCACACUCGCCAUCGCGUUGGCGAAGCCGAAGAAGAACGCCAGAGAAAGCGCAAGGCCCCGGCCGACGAAGAGGCCACCGAUUCGCCUGCCCCGUCCUUCCGUCCCCUGCAGAACGACACCAACGGUGCAAGCUCGCCCUUCCACGAUGCCCGCACGAAGACUCUCUACACCCAAUACGAAGCACCCGCCUUCUCAAUCGAUCGUCUGUUCACAGAGAAAGAGUUGAAUCACGCAACUGUUGUCGCCCAGCUCGCAACCCACCACUUCUUCCACCAGCCCCAAACCAAUCACCAGAACCCCGAAAACCCUCCUUCGCUCGCCUCAGUUGACGGUGCUGCCGAUGCCGUUACCGGGCCGCCUGCCAUCACCGCCGAGAUCGACGACAUUGUCUCGACUCAACCCAACGGUUCACCACCGCCCACACAAGCACCAGAGAUGGAGCGUAAUAUCUCCCACCAUGCUACACGUGGUGCUACAAGAGCCAACCCCCUGGCCGCCCUCUCAGAAGCCGCUGCUCUGACCUCGACUACCACAAAUCCCUUCGUACCUGUUCUGAUCCCUAUCACAAAAACCGACAAGGGCGCACCCACCCCUCCUGGUGUGAGCGCUGGCGAAGUCGACAGCGAUAUUGCGCUCAUGCUUAGAGAGGAUGACGCCCCCACAUCAAACCCAGAACAAGACGAGAAUCUCAGCAACCUCCAACAAAUACGCGAACGUCUGCUCGAGCAGGCCUGCCAAACCACAAACGGCGUCGCACCAUUCCGACUUCCAAUACUCGAGACUGGCCCCGCAGCCAUUAGUGGUGGUGUGAACAGAAUCCCUCCAUAUGGCUUCGCAGAUCCAGAGUCUCUGCGCUUUGCACUCAGAAAUGGCGCUGGUGUUGGCACCGCUGCUGCCCCUCCGCCAGCACCUAUUGUCAAUGGCAAUAUUGCUGCUCUUACGGCUGCUCCUGCCAGCGUCAUUGGCGCUGCCAUACCUAUGAGCAGAACAACAAGCUAUGCUGGUAGUGAGGCUGGUGCUGCUAGCGAGGCCGGCGGCGUAGGCAUGCGGAGAGUCAGGAGCAGAUUCGGUUGAUCUGUCUUCCUUGAUACUCAACUUUCUCUUUCUUGCUGUCACGACCUCUUGAACACAGUCCAAAGCGACUUUAGCCCGAUUUCUUGGAGCAUUUUCACACGGCGUUUCUGCUAUUCGUCUAUUGUUAGGUCCACCAGAACAGUCCCAACUAAUUCUUCACCGUCCCAAGCU